UUCUCUUCCUCAUUCAAGAAGAGCUAUAACUUUCCCGCUCAACUCUUCGCCAUCUCUCUCUUUCUGGCUCUCCAAACCCACAAUCUGCAUCCUCCGUCUCUCUCUCUCUCUCUCUCUCUCUCUGUCUCUCUCUAUCUCCAUCUCGAUGUUUCAGAAAAUCUUCUGCCGUUGCAGUGGAGACGAUAGCGUGGCCAUUUCCACCUGCACGCUUCAGGAGACAUUUGAAAAGCUCGGGGAGAAGGAAUAUCUCUUGCAAAGAAAGGUUGCUGUGGAAAUUAAGAGGGCUAAAGAAUUUGCUCAGGCAAAAAACAGAGAAGCUGCCCUGCGAUGCUUGAAGAGGAAGAGGUUUUAUGAAGAACAAAUUGAGCAUCUUUGGAGUUUUCAAAUGCGUAUUCAUGAUCAGAUGCUGAAAAAGUUGCCCGUCUAUGACGGCGAGCCUCAACAAAUUACAACCAAUGUCAUCUUCCAGUGCAACACUACACGUAGUUCUCUACGUUCAACUUUCAGGCCAGUUCCUUUGCACAAGAACGUUUAGGAUUUGACAAUUUUAAAUGUUUGCUCAAUUUUUAUUUUGUUUUUUUUCAGAGGUUAUAUGUAAUUUUUUUUUUCUGUAAUUAAACUAUUAUCCUUGUUACUUUGUGCUUUUCUCAUAUAGCAA